GAUAAGCUGAAAUGAGCAGCUUAAAUGCCUUAGGUACCUAUAAAGGUAGGUAUAUUUCCGUGAUAGCAACCUGAUGAUUAAGAUCUUGUGUUUCUCAACUUCAAGUUCUCAUAACAUCCUCCCACCCCCACCCCCAGUCAAGUAGACCUAAUAAGUGGACUUGAUCGUAUAUCAUAAUGAGUUCUAUCAAGGAAAAGAUUCCCCAGGCUGGCUUGCCCAGCGUCGUGGAUUUCGAACAGGGACAUACGCAACUCGGAACGAUACAUGAUGUACAAAACCUCACGAUGCUUGGCUACAAGCCAGAGCUACGACGCAACCGAUCCAUGUUUACUUUAUUAUUCCAAUCCUUAGCGAUCGCUGCCAUACCAUAUGGCUUCGGCGGUCCUCUAAUCAGCGCUAUCUAUGGCGGUGGCCAACUGCCAAUGUUUCUCGGAUGGAUUGUGGUUUUAAUCCUCGGCGAAUGCAUCGCUCUAUCACUAGGCGAACUGGCCUCUCGAUAUCCGACGUCAGCAGGCCCUUAUUAUUGGAGCUUCCAGCUCGCUAGCCCGAGAUAUCGGACAGGUCUCUCCUUCAUCUCCGGCUGGACAUGGCUUAUCGGAAAUUGGACCAUCACUCUGUCGGUCAACUUUGGGUUCGCGUCUAUGCUGGCUGCGGCAGUGUCAUUGUACAUGCCAGACUUCACUAUAGAGGCCUGGCAACUCUUGCUUAUCUUCUAUGCCGUGUGUAUUCUUACGUUCUUUUUAGUUGCCUAUGGCAAUAAAAUUCUCCCACUAGUCGACACGAUAUGUGCUAUAUUUACAGCCAUUAGCAUCGUCGUUACUUGCAUCUGCCUCUCCGUAAAAGCAGAUGUCGGCAGACAUUCUCCCAGCUACACUUUGGGGCAUUACGAUACGUCGCUCUCUGGCUGGGACGGCUUUUCGUUUUGGAUUGGGAUCUUACCUUCGGCCUAUACGUUUUCGGCUAUUGGGAUGAUCUCGUCAAUGGCAGAGGAAUGCGGUGAUCCCACGGUUAAGCUACCAAACGCGAUAUCUCUUUGCAUACCGGUUGGUGGUAUUGCUGGGUUAUUCUUUAUAAUUCCCCUAUGCGCAACAUUGCCCGACUUGGCAGAUGUAAUCACAGCGCCAGUAGGCCAAGCAUUGCCGUAUAUCUUUGGAAAAGUCAUGGGGUCGCCUGGAGGUGGACUCGCUCUUACUUUACUUGUCCUUAUAAUCACCUUAUUCUGCUCAAUCUCCAUUACUUGUGCGGCAUCGAGAUGUACGUGGGCCUUCGCACGGGACAAUGCCAUUCCACUUGCUCGCCUCUGGUCGAAGAUAGACGAACGCCACGGCACGCCGAUCUGGGCACUUGUGCUUACUACGCUCAUUGAGAUGCUCCUUGGACUAAUCAACCUGGGAUCUUCAUCGGCAUUUCUUGCCUUUGUGUCAGUUGGCGUUAUAUCCCUUGCCGUAUCUUACGGGAUACCUAUUGCUAUAUCACUAUUUCAUAAUCGCAAGGAAGUCAAUAGCGCCAAGUGGACCAUGGGGAAAUACUUAGGAUUGGUGGUUAAUUUGCUCGCGAUACUUUGGAUUGUUUUCGAAGUAGUAUUGUUUUCUAUGCCUACCGUCUUGCCGGUCACCGAGGUUAAUAUGAACUACGCGAUUGUAGUCUUCGUUGGAUUUAUGGUUCUUAGCGCGAUAUGGUAUGCCAUAUAUGCUCGGAAAGUGUAUCGAGGACCUCCAGAAUCAGAUGGGCUCGCUAUCGAUUCUUAGUUGAAAGCACUGCUUACCUUACGACCAAGGGUUAGAAUGGAGCGGGCGAGCCAAAAAGAAAAAAGGGGUAUUCAUAGUAGUAAGAAAUCCCUUGAUGAAUAACAAUGGAUAUAAUUCGUAGAAGUAGGCUUCAAGGUGAAAUUAAUUAGGUAGAUAGGUAGUUAGAAGUGGUAUGGUCCAACCUUUCUAGUUUAGAAUUCCGUCUUACAGGAUUUCCUUUUCAUACAAACUAAUAGUUAUAUUACUAUUUACCUAAUAAGCUUCCUUAGUAUCUAUCAAGGGCCACUCUUAUUCCGCCGGAGGGGGUUUCCGAC